AUUCAACAAGAAGUAGAAAACAGCAGAGAAACAUGGCAGAGAAAGUGAGUGGUGAAAUGUCGGAAGACAGUUCGGACUCCGCUGCUGCGGUGUCGCAAGACCUUCGGAGUGUUCUGGUCACCAGCGUUCUGAACCUAGAGAAGCUGGAGAUAGAUCUGUACAGAGGGACUCACCACUGGGUACCCCGUACCCGUCGUCUGUUUGGGGGUCAGAUUAUUGGCCAGGCCUUGGUGGCUGCAGCAGAGUCCGUUGGGGAAAACGUCUUGGCUCACUCUCUCCACUGCUACUUUGUACGGGCAGGAGACCCCAAGGUGCCAGUGCUGUACCAGGUGGAGAGGACCAGGGACGGUCGUAGUUUCAGCGUGCGGUCAGUGAAGGCCAUCCAAUACGGUCAGCCCAUCCUCAUCUGCCAGGCCUCCUUCCACAGUAACCAGCCCUCUCCUCUGCAGCACCAGUUCACCAUGCCCUCUGUCCCCCCUCCUGAAGACCUGCUGACGGGAGAGGAACUCAUACAGCUCUACCUCAGUAAGCCAGACUUGGCUGAGAAAGCCAAACAGGGCCUGAACAAGCUGCUAGCUGACGAGGUUCCCAUAGAGAUUAAACCUGUCAAUCCUCCAGACUUCUACCGCUGCGUUGCCAUGGAACCCAAGAAGCUGUACUGGGUGCGCGCUAAAGGCCACAUCGGUAAAGGUGAUAUGAAGCUCCACUGCUGUGUGGCAGCCUAUGUGUCAGACUAUUCGUUCUUGGACACUGCUCUCCUGCCCUACCCCGGGCAGCGCGCCACUUUCUUAGCCUCUCUGGACCAUGCCAUGUGGUUCCACAACACCUUCAGGGCAGACGAAUGGAUGCUCUACGAGACUGAGAGCUCUUGGACUGGGGGCAGCAGAGGGCUGGUUCAGGGACGUCUGUGGAGGAGAGACGGGGUGCUGGCUGCCAGCUGUGCCCAGGAGGGGGUACUCAGGGUCAAGGCCUUGACGACCAGCGCCGUGACGAACGAGAGCAAGCUAUAACCAUGACAACCUUUUAAAUGGCUGAUGAAGCCAUGUAGAGUCAGGAGACUGGCUGCGUUUACACAGGCAGCCCAAAUAUGAUCUCUUUUCCGCCAAUUGGUCUUUUGACCAAUCACAUCAGAUCUCUUCACAUAUAUUUGUCAGAGCUAAUAUAAUUUUUCAAAAGACCAAUUAGUGAAAAAAAGUCUAAAGAGAGACACCCUGCUGACAAACGGCUGGUGGCCGCGGUGUGUUAAUGAUCACCUGCUGGGUGUUGAUGAACGGUUUAACCUCAUCCCCAGCCUUCAUCCCCUGCCUCCAUCCCCAGCCUCCAUCCCCAUCCUUCAACUUCAGCCUCCAUCCCCUGCCUCCAUCCCCAGCCUCCAUCCCCAGCCUUCAACUUCAGCCUACAUCCCCAGCCUUCAUCCCCAGCCUCCAUCCCCAGCCUUCAACUUCAGCCUUCAACUUCAGCCUCCAUCCCCUGCCUCCAUCCCCAGCCUCCAUCCCCAGCCUUCAACUUCAGCCUCCAUCCCCUGCCUCCAUCCCCUGCCUCCAUCCCCAGCCUUCAACUUCAGCCUCCAUCCCCAGCCUUCAACUUCAGCCUCCAUCCCCAGUCUCCAUCCCCAGCCUUCAACUUCAGCCUACAUCCCCAGCCUUCAACUUCAGCCUACAUCCCCAACCUCCAUCCCCAGCCUCCAUCCCAGCCUUCAACUUCAGCCUACAUCCCCAGCCUUCAACUUCAGCCUACAUCCCCAGCCUCCAUCCCAGCCUACAUCCCCAGCCUCCAUCCCAGCCUUCAACUUCAGCCUCCAUCCCCAGCCUCCAUCCCAGCCUUCAACUUCAGCCUACAUCCCCAGCCUUCAACUUCAGCCUACAUCCCCAGCCUCCAUCCCAGCCUACAUCCCCAGCCUCCAUCCCAGCCUUCAACUUCAGCCUCCAUCCCCAGUCUCCAUCCCCAGCCUUCAACUUCAGCCUACAUCCCCAGCCUUCACCCCCUUCUGCAUCUACAAUCUACUGAACCAUGUGGUGAUGAUUAUAACGAGUUGAUUCUGACUGAAUAGAUUUUCUGAUCAAGAUAAAGAUUUCCAUAUAUAUUAACUAUUUUUUAUAUUUAAUUAUUUUACCUUUUUAAAUUAUUUGAUAAUUGUUGUUUCUAUUUGUUGUGUCCAUUAUGGUUCCAUAAGCUUCCCUUAUUAAUUGUUCAUAUUUCAAUAAUGUCUAUCUUUUCAGGAAUGUACAGGAAAUGUACAGUCAGGUCCAGUAAUUAUUGACAUCCUUGAUAAAGAUGAGCAACAAAGACUGUAUAAAAUAAAUCAUUGAAAUAUUUAGCUAUAUUGUAUGCAAAAAUGUAAAUUGUUAUUUUAUCCUAGAAAUUUUGUUUAACAAGUAAUAAAAAAUCUCAAAAAGAUGGAAA